CCCACCAAGCUAGGGCAGGCUGGGCAGCUGCGAGGAGAGAGAAAGAGAGAGAGGAUGUGUUGAUGGCUUGCAUAGCCAUGUUCAACACAGACCAUCAACCAUUCUGUGCACCCUUGAGCCCAAGGAUAUCAUUCUCUAGUGAUUUUGUGGAGGUAGUAGAUGAGUUGAGCCGUGGGUGCAUCAAGCGCGCUGAUAGGACUCUAGCGGCAUCUUCCUCCUCACCAGGGGAUGCAGACUUCGAGUUCUCAGUGGCCAACUACAACAUGCUAACAGCAGACCAGCUUUUCCAUCAGGGAAGGAUGCUUCCCUUCAAGGGUGAGCAUGGCGGCAGGAGCUCUGGGAAGAAAGUGACAACACUCAGGGAUGAACUGUGUGCCGCUGAUGAUCAGGAGGCGUUGCCUAGCAGACCACCGAAGGGAUGCAGACGGUGGAAGAAGAUCUUGGGGUUGAAAAAGGCGCAUAAUGUUCCACCGAAGAAACCAACAUCCCACCUUGAAAGGGUUGAAGAGAGAGCCCCUUGUCGACCAGAUAUUGAUAUAAGAGAUGAAAGGAAGAUAUGGGGUUGGAGAGAAGAGAAUGGGCAGUCUUCUUAUAGAUGGUAUGUACGGGACAAGAGAGAUCUAGAAGAAGAAGAAGAAGAGAGAGAAGGGGAGCAAGAACAACAGGACGAUGAUUAAGCAGCUGCCUGCAUUUUGUAGAUCGGGGUGUUGUAGAGAAAUUGACAUGCUGAUUGUUUUACACUCGGUUGAUACCUAUUUUAUAAAUGUUUUCGCUUUUUGUUUACCUUUUCUUUUUGAUGGUUGUGGGUUGCUUUUUUUGUUAGACCUUUUCAAUCUUCUCUUUCUUCUUGGUUUCUAAUUUCUUGACAUUGGGAAUUUGGUUAGUUCCUUGUACAAUGUUCCAUGAAAUGUAAGACGUCUUUUUUUUUUUUUUUCUCUGCAACGUACCUCUCUCAGUUCAGUAACUUGACUUUCAGACUGGAACUACUAGUGGGGAAGAAAGAUCCGCAAUCGAAGGAAUGGCAAGUGAGCAAAGUGCUUUUCCUCCUCCUCUUUAACUCCUUGCCUCUAAAUGAAAGGAGAGAAAACCACAGAAUGAGUUCUAAGUAACUUGCCGUUGUACAUUUCUACGUAGAGAACGAUCUCGAGUGAUUGGGAAGCGUUGCCAUGGUGAUCAAAGCGAUUGCACCCAUAAAAGGCAGAGAGAGAGAGAGAGCAGUUAUGUCGGCGAAAACUUCCGCACAACUCAUACGCAAAAGAAGAAGGAAAAAAGAUACCAGAUUAAAAUUUCAGUUCGAGAAUUAUUUUCCUAAGAGAAACCUCUGCAUAUCCGCAACAGAUUACAAAGCGAUGU